CCUCAACGCCGCAAGCAAGCAAGCCAGCAAGAAGCAACCAAGCAAGCAAGUCAGUCCUGCCAAACUUGGCACACGACUUUGGAAGCAUGCCGCGGUGCACGUGGUGUGGUGUGCCAGUGCCACAGCUCACACGACAGUAUGGAACUGCCCUGAAGCUUGCGGACUGCGGGUCGUGCGGGCGGGUGGCGGAUCCACUGCUGGAGCGAGACGUUGUGUUCCUGUGGCUACACGCCCUGUUGCUGGACCUGCGUGUGUUUCGGCACUUGGUGCACAACAUACACCACCGCGGUGAUGCGCUCGCGCACAUGGGAUGGAAGACUUUGAUGCGUGUGCAGCUCUUCGUGCUGCUCAUCUCCGCUGCGUACCUAGAGCUCGUCAAGGAGCGAUCACCGCUGCGCCCAGCGCUGGAAAAGCUGGCAGCGCAGCAGCUCCCGCCCUUCCCAGAGUACCACCCGCUCAUGCUGCCCCUCGCCUCCGCCGCUGUGACGCAGUGCGUUGGCUGGGUCACGACAUGGCUCAUCCUGCACUGCCUCACCCGGCUUUCGUUGUCUCAUCCUCGCCCGCCGCACAAGACAGCGCCAGCACCACCAUCCUCGACAGCGCCGACGUUAGCAGCACAGCGUGCUCUCCUCGUGUUUCAGCUGUCCCAGCUCUGGCUGCCCAGCAUGGCCACCGUCUGUCUCUUCGCGCGCACCAUGCACACGACCGCAUUUCCCAGCGUCGUCUUUGGGUGGACGGCCACCUUCCUCCACCUCGUCCUCGCCGGCAUCUUGUUUCAUGUGACGGGAGACACUUCCCUCUACACUGGCUGGGCCGUGGCGUUGCUCCUCGUCUUAAUGACAGCCAUCACACACCAUCACGCCGCAAGCUGGUUGAACGAACUCGUCACAUAGCACGGACAAAAUGUGUGCGUGUGUGCGUGCGUGCGUGCGUGCGUGCAUGUGUGUGUGUGUGUGUGUGUGU